AGGCGUCAGCUCGUGCAGCCCGGCGGCGGGGGCCUUCUUCCCUCAGCGCCGUGAGGUGCGCGGCGGCGGCGGCACCGGUGGGGGCACGGCUCGGCUCGGCUCGGUUUUUAUCCCGUUUCUUGAUAAAGAUGGCAGCCAACAAUGCGGUGCUGAACAGACUGGAGCAGAAGGGUGCAGAGGCCGAUCAAGUUAUUGAAUACCUCAAGCAGCAAGUUGCUCUGCUCAAGGAGAAAGCUAUCUUGCAGGCAUCGCUCCGAGAAGAGAAGAAGCUUCGUGUGGAAAAUGCUAAACUGAAGAAAGAAAUUGAAGGGCUGAAACAAGAGCUGAUUCAGGCAGAAAUUCGAAAUGGAGUAAAACAGAUCGCAGUUCCUCCUGGUACAGCUGUUUCUACAGCUUCGUUUGCAGAUGGUGAUCCACAACCCACAGCAGUUACAUCAUCUCCUGGCCCAAAAGAUCAUGUUAAAGGUGAAGAUGAAGAAAAGAAAAAGAAGGAAAAAGUAGAAAAAAAAGGUGAAAAGAAGGAAAAGAAACAGCAGCCUGCUGCUGGAAGUAGCGAUUCAAAGCCUGUAGAUGUUUCUCGUCUGGAUCUUCGUGUUGGCUGCAUCAUCACUGCUGAAAAGCACCCGGAUGCAGACUCUCUGUACGUUGAAAAGGUGGAUGUUGGAGAAGCAAGUCCAAGGACUGUCGUCAGUGGUUUAGUGAAGCAUGUUCCUCUGGAUCAGAUGCAGAAUCGGAUGGCAAUACUACUCUGUAACUUGAAGCCUGCGAAGAUGAGAGGAGUCGUAUCUCAAGCAAUGGUGAUGUGUGCCAGCUCCCCAGAAAAAGUGGAAAUUCUGGCUCCCCCACCUGGGGCAGUACCUGGGGACAGAAUCACUUUUGAAGGUUUUCCUGGAGAUCCUGAGAAGGAACUUAAUCCCAAGAAGAAGAUGUGGGAGCAAAUCCAACCUGAUCUUCAUACCAAUGACCAGUGUGUUGCUACGUACAAAGGAGUUCCAUUUGAAGUGAAAGGCAAAGGAGUCUGCAGGGCAGCGACCAUGGCAAACAGCGGAAUUAAAUAAGUGGUUAUUAGCCUGUUCAGAUGUUGAAAUGGAAAGUAACGAGAGCACAAUAAAAACAUCAAUAUAUAACCCCUCUGAAAUGCAUGGCUAAUAUGUUUUUUUGUUUGAUUCCUCUUCCAGAGAUACAGAAUGUUCUGCCUGUAAUACUUUAACAAUUCACUCAUUCUCCAUAUUUACUGUCCUUGAGGUUGUGUUCUCAGCAGUCAGUAACCACACAAUGUUCAAGACUUAAUUGCCAAAGCUUGUUCAUGUUAGAACUGAAGGCUGGCAAGCAUCUUCUCUAGACAGCUGAAAGUUUUAGAGGAUCCAUGAAGCACGAGCAUCUCAAUAAAGAAAACUUUCUGCCAUGUUCCUUGUGUGGUAACCUCAAUUCAAGAGGUACAGCAUGAGCAGUUGGUCAGUGAAGACCAUAAUUAGUUUCAUUCUUCUUGUCUUUCAGAGGUUUCCCUCCUCUCAAGAAUUUUUCAGAUAUGUUAUAAACUUCUGCAAAUUUUGGUUUUGGAUGUGUCAUCUGAGCUGUCUGUGGGCAGUUGUAAUGGGAAUAUAAAACUCUGUCCCUUUAUGCCCUAAUACAAACACAUUGACAUACAUCAAAUAUGUUGUUUUACUAUAUUAGCUCAUUUCAUCUUUUCUAACUGGAUAGUUCCAAAUGACAGAUAAUACUACAAAAGAAUGGCCAAACCAUGUUAGACAAAUACCCCCCCCAAAAAAAAGUUUCCAAAGCCUGAAACACAUAUAAAAUGAAUUUAUUUCUUGUUUUAAUGUAUCUUUGAGUAAUAUUUUAUACAGAAUAUGCUUUGGUUUUAAUAGAAAUGGCUUCUUCAGGUUUUACCAUUUGAGUUACUCCAUAAUACAUAAUGAGCAGUCAGAACUGCUAUGGGAAAAUCCUCAAAUUACUCCUUUUAAUUCUUGCCUUUCAAUACUCUGAAGUAACCAUUUUAGAUCAAUUCACAAUUAAACCUUUUAAGCAACUAUUUAGAGGUAAUUACAUGUUUGAGCAUAUACUAUUUAAUUAACUGUCUACAGCCUAACUACUCAAAGAGCACUCUUCUAACCACUGAAAUAAAAACAAAAACAAAAAAACUUACCGAACCUGAAUUUCACAGGCUUUGAACUUCAUCCCGUAAGCUGGGAGAUGAAAACAAAAUGAUGAUGAUACAAAAUUGAAAGGAGCAGGCACAAAAGAAAAGAUGAACAGGUUUCUUUUUUGGAUGCGUUUUGUAUGUGCCUAUACACUUAACUGUGCUAAUUUUCUAUGCAUCUGGGAAUAAGCGGUAGUAAUUAGCACAUUUUAAAUGUGCUGAAUAGCAUUAGGCAUACAGGAACUAUUUUAACUGCUUUGUAAACUACAUAUCUGAUAAUAUCCUAUUAAACAAUAUUAUUGAAGUUGAAAAUCUCAGUUCUAAUUAUUCUUGGAUCAAGGUAAGGAAAUAACUUUGCAGUAGAUAAAUCUUAAUUUUUAAUAUUGGAAAACUUUUUACAAACACCGGAUUUCAGAGGAGCUUCUGAAAGCUCCAAAAAUUGAGCAGAGAAGUUCCUUUAUUCCUUACAGCCUGAACUCAUGCAUUUUUGCUUUCUCUUUUUCUCCAGAUCUGUUUUGUAUGGACUGCAAUAUACAAUCAGAUGUAGCAUAAAAUCUUACUCCUCACUGUGUGCAUAUUAGGUAUUAGCACUAUUAGUAUAUUAGCUACAUUUACAUACAUAACAUGUUAGCACUAGUUUGGUCUGAUCGUGUGAUUGAAGCUAGGAUUCUGGAUGCAGUAGUGUGAGGUACUCUAUGAAAGGCAUGUAGUUUGGGAAUCUAAAGAGGUAUUUCCAACCGUAUGUUCAAAGAUAUUUGGUGUGGAAUGGUAUUGCAUGUGAAAUGUUCCAAUUGCUGGCUUUUCUACUGUUUUAUUUCCAUUAAAUGUUAUAAACUAUAGAGAAUAGACACAAGUACCCGAAAGCUAA